GACACAAAAAAUUGACGUUCAAUUUGUAAAUUUGAAAAGUUGUUUAUAGUUGCCAUCAAAGUUAAACAUAACUAUUUAUGGAAAAUGGGAAAAAUCCUAUAAUUUUCCGGGCUAUAGAAACUAAAUUUAAUAGUAAAAACUGCUUCAAUUUAUUGAUGCAGUGAAUUUUAUUUAAGAAAUGACGUCUCUUGGAAAAAGUAUUGAGGAGUAUGAGGUGCAUAAUCUAUUAGGAAAAGGUGGGUUUGCCUCUGUUUAUCGGGCAAGAUGUUUGAAUACCGGAACUGAAGUAGCUAUAAAAAUGAUUGAUAAAAAGCUCAUGCAGGCUACAGGAAUGGUAAGUCGUGUGAAGCAGGAGGUUUCCAUACAUUCCAGAUUGAAACAUCCAUCAAUUUUAGAAUUAUAUGAGUGUUUUGAGGAUGUUAAUUAUGUUUAUCUUGUGCUGGAGCUCUGCCACAAAGGAGAAUUGCAAAAAUAUUUCAAGGAAAGGUGUUUCUCGGAGAUUGAAGUUAGUGGCAUUAUGAGACAAGUUGUAGAAGGAAUUAAGUAUCUUCAUUCUUAUAAUAUCCUCCAUCGAGAUCUGUCAUUAUCAAAUUUACUGCUUACAAAAGAUAUGCAAGUGAAAAUCGCCGAUUUCGGGCUAGCCACCCAAUUAACAAGACCUGAUGAAAAACAUAUGACAAUGUGCGGGACACCAAACUUCAUCUCUCCUGAAGUUGCCUCUAGGGGGUCACAUGGCCUAGAAGCUGAUGUUUGGGGAAUUGGCUGUCUAUUAUAUACUCUUUUAGUUGGAUCACCACCUUUUGAUACCCCUGGUGUUAAAAGUACAUUAACAAAAGUUGUGAUGUCGAAUUAUAAUUUACCUAGUCAUUUGUCACCGGAAGCUAAAGACCUCAUUGACUCUUUGCUCAAGAAAAAUCCAAGGGACAGAAUUACAUUAGAUCAAAUUUUGGAACACCCCUUUAUUAAAAGAGGAAGGAUCUUAUCUUCUCAUCAUACCCAUGAUAGCGGGAUCCACACAAUGUCUAGCAAAAGAGACAGUACAUAUGGUGAAAUCACAUCUUUGCCUUAUUCACAUAAUGCUUAUUCAGACCCUCAUCAGAGAAAAACAAACAGUGACUGCUUGCCCUUGCAAAAUCACUAUGGUAAUACUCCUAUAUGUUCUGGUAUGGAACAGUUGAAAAUACGUAGUUGUGAAAACUUAUCCCAUCAAAAUCCAAUGAUAAAUUCAAGACAAUCGGACCAUGUUUCCGUUUUUUCAAAUUGUGGGUCUCAUUGCGAAGGAUCGAGAAUACCUUGUUGUCAUGAUAGUCUAGCUGGAUUGAGUCAGUGUAGCCAAAAAUGUAAUCCCCCAGCAGAUCCAGGAGGAGGUUUCUCGAAUCGUAUGAUGUACCGACAGUCUCUUCACUCUCACCAUUCUGACCCUUCUUGUAGUGAGACCACAGGAAAAUGUCUCUACAGUCAAACUCCUAAUUCACAUUCAUCAGGAGAAUACCACUGCAAACCACAGGAAAACUUCCAAAGAUCUCGGGACCCUAGCCCCUGUAAUUAUGAGAGAUCAAGAAAAAAACUGUUACAAAUAUGUUCAAAACGACUUCUUCCUACUCGACAUCAAACAAAAAACGCCAUACUCAGUAUUCUCAAAGACGGAGAAGUUUGCAUAGAGUUCAUCAAGAAAAAAGGUUAUCACAAAAAAGACAUGGUUUGUGAGGUUAUGAGGAUAUCUCCCGAUGGUUUACGCAUAAUUUUGUAUGAACCCGAAGGUGGUAAGGGUGUUCCACUCGCAGAAGAACCUCCACCGUCGCCAGUUCAGGGGGCAGAUAAGAUUUACGGAUUAGAGAAUCUACCUGAGAAACAUUGGAAAAAAUAUAUGUAUGCUUACAAGUUUGUGGAUUUGGUUAGAGCAAAAACUCCCAAAAUCACAUACUACACUGAGAAGGCGAAAUGCUUUCUUAUGGAGAACCUUACUGAUUUUGAAGCCUGCUUUUAUGAGGGUGGAAAAGUUACUCAGUCUAUAGCCGAGGGCAUCACGAUAAUAGAUUCAUCUGGAAACAAGUACAUUUUUCGUUCACCAUCUGAAUGUACAACGCUUACUGGGGAACUUGAGCUAAUGUGGAGCCAUACCCAAGAUUCUCUUGACUAUUGCAUGCUGCUUGAAAAAACUCUGUCAAGCCUACCUCGAACAUCAUUUCCUGUUAUUCUUGGACGCCGGCCAGCUUGUUACAGAGGAAUUUUAGGAAAAGAAAACCAACCGCAAACUGUGAUUCCUUCUUUCACAAUUUCUAUUGAUGCAACAAAUCCUGGAUCCUGUUUUGGUAACACUUCCAACACAAAAGAAAAACGCGUUACUGUACCAGGAAUAGGCACAGCAUUUCAACUGGCAAAUGGUGAAGUGCAGGUUCGAUACCCAGACGGGUCUCAACUUUGGGUUGAUGGUAAACAUCAUAUUCGCUAUCAGUAUCCAGAAGGUCGUGUGGUCAACUACAUGGACAAUGAAGUUAUUCCCCGGGUAAUAAUGGAAAAGCUCCAACAAAUGCCUAAAAUUUUGAAACAUCUAAUGCCAGUUCCUUCAUCUCACAAAAUACAAAAUCUCAGAUGAUGGCCAGAGUGGAAACUAAUUUUAAGGAAAAAAUGUAAUAGAAAUAA